GACCAAAGAUAGGGUAGAAGAAAAGAGAAGGUUAAAGGUUACUUCCUCACAAGCACUGCCUCCUCCAUCCUAAUUCCUUUCCUCCCUUGUGUUAUUCUUUGAGCGUAGACAUGGGCGAAGACGGCGCCUCUGCACUGGAAAACCCCGGAGUUCCACUCCUUGGAGGGCACAAGUCCAGUCGGUUCGCCGAUAGGUGGCGUUCACUACUUGGCCGCGGCAAUUGCUUCGCAGUUAAGCCUUGGACCAUCGACGACGAUGGCCCAAGCAUCCCAGCUUCCGGUUCCCUUGUAAGAAAGGUGGGGGCUGAGUUCAUUGGCACUUUCAUGCUAGUGUUCGCCAGCACGGCUGCGGCAAUUAUCGAUCAGCAGUCCAACGGUGCCGUCACCUUAUUAGGCCUAGCAGCCUGUUCCGGCAUCGCCGCCAUGAUCAUCAUCCUCUCGACCGGCCACAUCUCCGGUGCUCACCUCAAUCCAUCUGUCACUAUUGCCUUUGCCACCUUCAAACACUUCUCUUGGGAGAAGGUACUGGUAUACAUCGCUGCACAAUUGUCGGCAUCACUAUGCGCGGCAUUUGCAUUGAAGGCAAUCUUUUAUCCGAUUUUGGGAGAAGGUGUAACGGUGCCAAGUGGUAGUGCGGGUGCGGCGUUUGUAAUGGAGUUUAUUAUUGGAUUCAAUCUCAUGUUUGUCACCACGGCAGUUGCCACUGAUGUUAGAGCAGUUGGGGAGCUGGCUGGGAUCACGGUAGGAGCAACUGUGGCAAUGAACAACAUCAUUGCUGGGAGGAUUAGCGGGGCAUCUAUGAAUCCAGCGAGGACGCUGGGCCCGGCGGUGGCGGCAAACAACUACAAGGCCAUAUGGGUAUACUUCACGGCACCAAUCCUGGGGACCCUCACCGGGGCCGGAGCCUACACUGCUGUCAAGCUCACGGAGGACGAUGGCACCCCAACUAUGCGAAGCUUCAGAAGGUGACGACGGUCAUCAAUUAUUCUUGUCCAAAAAGGAGAUAGACGCUAGUUUAGCAAGAUAAAGAUCUAGCUUAGCAACUGUGUACGUCCUUUCAUGUGCAACAAUGUAAUUGUAUGAUUGGGGUAAGAUGGUGGUUGUGGGGGCCUCAAGGUUCAUGUGUAGGUCUGCAGUCCAUGUGAGAAAAGGGAUAGAAAGUGUAGUGUAAAUAAAGCUUCCUGAGAAGGAGAGGUUGGAUAUUGGUUCAGAUAUUAAUGGUGGUCUAAGCUUAGGUUUGGGAGUCAAAGCUUCCUUGUAUAUAUUGUUAUAAGGCUUGUAUUAGUAAAUGCAAAUUAUGGAAUGUGAUUGUUAUAGCGGAA